CGCGAAAAAUUCUCUGAAAUUAUCCCUUUUUCACCCUCCUCACGACAAUCUAUGCAGUAAGUCGAAGAGAAAGGGGGAAGCUGAAGUCAUUUCCGUCUAUUCUGGAUGGGUGAAAAGAUGAAGAAAGGCCAGCUGUGCUACCUUGUGUCACUGUGUGAUGCAGGUGCAGCUGGGGAAGGCAAACAUCAAGUAGUCUCACCAGUAGACUCACCUCCUUAUUUUUGUACAACAAAUAACAUGCAGAGUGCGGUUGUAUACCUCUCACAGGAACUACAGGGUUUGGGGCUCAACUGUGGCCUCAUAGAAACUGGAAGCCAGAAGGUGAACUUGGUGGCCCUCAUCAAUGCCUGCUGGGAGGUAUCGCGGCUCUACCGUUCUUCCGUCCAUGACUGCAACACUCUUCAAGAUCAGAGGAGAAGAGAUGCAGCAGAUAUGAAUCAUUUCCAAAACAGCAUAAGGGAUCUAAGAGGUACAGUCGAUGACAAGGAGCGACAAGUCUGUGAUGCACAAGAGAGGGAGAGGCAGGCAGUCACUGUUAACAAAGCUCUUGCAUCAAAGCUUAAAGCAGAGAAAGAGGAGGUGCGUAGACUAGGAAGCGUGUUGCAGCAAAGAGAAGCACAUCAUCAGCAUGAACUUCGGAAGAAGGAGACAGAAAACAGUCGUCUUCGUGAGAGACUACAUAAACUUGUAUCUGGGGAGAAGUCUUCAGAAACCAGAGCACCGGCCAUGACUAUUUCCAAUACACUUUCACGGUCAAAUCGAUCAAGAGCAAAGUGGAAAACGGAAGCAUCUGGAGUUCGGCACGAGGAGGACAUGCAUCGGAAAGUCCUCAGCCAGUAUGAGGCUUGGGUUGGGCAACUAAGCGAUGAAAAUGAGCAGUUGAAGUCGUGCCUGUCUUCCAUGUCUUCGCAGAUAUUGAGAUUAGCUUCCAAGUUUACAAAAAGGGAAACUCGACUGACUUCUGAAGAUGUGAAUUCCUCCAUGAACUCGUCCACAUUCAGCACCGACAGCCUUGAUGACCCAGUGUUCAAUCUGGACUUCCCGGCAUUCCGCAGUCAGAUCCAGCGGUCUCUGGAUGAAAACCUAAAAACCAUUACACAGGGAGUGGAAGAAAAAGUUGUGAAGGAUAAUAUUGCUCAAAAUGUGGAUUUGCAAGCAAGAGAGGAAGUGAAAACUCUUCGGUUGCAGUUGUCAAAAGUAAAAGAACAGCUGAGAAACCACCAGCAAUGUCAGAAGAAAGGUAAUGACGAUGAAAAAGAGAUGACGUUCCUAAUGGACGGAAGCUACAUAGAGGAAAGAGCCGAGCUCGAAAAGGAGAGGCAAGAGCUGGAGAAAGAGAGGAGAACUUGGCAACAGGAGAGAGAAUCAUUUGCUGAAGCUGCAAUAAGGUUGAAUAGGGAGAGAGCUGCUUUUGAGGGAGAGAAGGUAGAGCUUCUGAAAAGACAGUUCCUGCAGGACCUUCCCACAACACUCAAUGACCUGGGCACUGCAGAUGUGAUGACCAGCGGGCAUGAGAGUGGUGGCAGCCUUUCAAGCGGAAGCAUUGGCGAGGUAUUCUCGGACUCCCCGCACCGCAUCCUUGCUGUGCCAGAGAUCACUCCUCCCCGUGGAAAUAUCACACUGGCCCGGGGUUCCCAGCCAGUUGUGUUAGGGCCCACCAUGAUGCCCAAACAACGCAAUGAAAGGCCAGGCUAUGGUGGACACAAAGUUGUCUACCGCAUGAAGUCUGCCCCAGCAAGUAGAGCCUCAUCCGUCCCACGCUUUACUGAUGAAUUUGAGGGUAAGUCGCCCAGCCCCAGUAACAGGCCUCCCCACCCACGGCCACGCACUCUGGAGAGGAUGAAGCGGAAACCUCUCUCAGGCUCGGCUUCUCCCAGAUACCGGAGUCAGAGUCAGGGUCGUUUGGAAUUGGCCAAAGAUGAUGAUCAUGUCAAAAAGAGGGGUGAGUUCACCUCCCUUCCAGCCAGGAUCCAGGGAGAAGCCCUUUUACGUUCCCUGAGAACAGACGGCAGGGAAGUCAUUUAUCCGCCCAUUACAGUAGACAGAGAAGGGUUGAAUUACUUACCCGCAUAUUACCGUGAGAAUCCUAAGAUUGUGAAAAUACCUGAACAAAGAUAUCCCCAAGAUAAUCACAUUCAAGCUGAGAGGGAUAGAUAUGAAGCUGAAGAGGAUGAGGAACCAGUUGAUAGCAAGGGGCUCACACUUUUAGAAAAGGACCUCAUGAAUCUCAUGGUACAGAUUGGACAACAGCAAGGGGAAGAAAUAGCCUUGAAUUCCUUCUCGGAUAACAGCCCAAUGUACGAAGAACCUACCUUCAUGAGGAAGCAUUCAAAGAAAAAUCCAAGUUCUGUUCGACUCAGUGCUCCAGGGAGUUUAUGCUCAAGCCGUAGGUCUAGUCGAGACCUUAGUGAUGAUUACUAUAAGAAUAUACACAAACAUCUAAUGAAGAAAAACCAGUCAUAAUAACCUAAUAUAGAAAUUUGUGGAAUGAUCUAUUAUUAUUGAGAAGUGAAAUCUGCAACAUAAGCCAGUUUCUAAAAAUGUUUAAACUAUACAACUAAGAGUAAAUUUAGAAAUUAUUGAAUAUAAAGUUACAGAAAAAGAAGAAGAAUGGAAAGUGUGUCAUAUCCCUUUCAGUGUUGAAAUGAUGUAGUUCAGAAUGAAAAUGAAAAGUGAUAAGUAAGAAUUAGGAUGAUAGUUUGAAUAGCAUGCAUGAAAAAAGCUCAAAUUUUAUUUCAUUGGCCAGAAUAUUUUUGUGUGUUUUGGAGAAAAGGAAGAAGGAAAAAUGUAUGUUAGACUCAUCGCACAUAAUUCCACAUAUUAGUUUUUAAGUCUUGUCUUGCAUCAUAUAUCUUUGAUACUUUUAUAUCAUUUGUGAUCAGCUCAUUUUAUGUUGGUCUGUAAAUGCAUUUUUCCCAAACAAAAGACAAUUCAUAUAUGUGCAAGUCCUUUAUUUAUAUUUUUUUUUUCUUUACUUUCUUUUGCAAGCACUCAAUAUACUUCAUACAAUUAUCACUAUCCUUAUAUAUAUAUAUUUAUUAUCCCGCCCUCCACCUCUUCCUUCCUGCUCUUCCUGCUCUUUUCACCCUCCCAUCUUGUCUCCUGCCCCUCCCCCUCUUCCCAACCCACUCCUGUUUCUCCUUCUUUCCCCCUCCCUUUCCUCUCUCCCUCUAUCCCUAUCUUAUUUUCUCUUUUCAGCCCCAAGUAAGACUUGAAUACUUUGUAUAUUGUCUUCUUUCACAAUGGGAGUGAGUGUCUUGUAUAGCUUUGUGUAUUUCCUGAAAUGGCAUGGGAAAGAUGUAAUGUAACCAAUGGUACUUUAUGAUACAAGAUCAAGUCCUGCCCAAGCCUCAUUAUUCUAUGUGAAUGUACAAGGCAUAAUUUUCUUUAAAUAUGAUGAUCAGUUGUAUAGAUUUUGGCAUUUUGCACAAUCUUGUUUGUCAUGGUUGUUUUUGAAAGAGGAUUGCUUCAUUGUUUUGCAACAGAACUAGGAGCACCGUUAAUUUUAAAGUGUGUGAGUGACUGUUGGGAGGUGGGGUGAGUUCAAGGGCUUGCAUGUUCAUGUGCAUAUGUGUGUGUGUGUGUGUGUGUGUGUGUGUGUGUGCAUGUGUAUAUGAGCAUGUUCAUGUUGAUAUUGUGGGUGCUCAUAAUGUGCUUAUUUGCAUAUGUAUGGUUUAUUUGCUAUAGUUAAGUGUAUUUUAUUUUAUUCUUUUUGGCUGAAGAGUAAGUGGUGCAGUACUUUUCUAUUACUUUUAAUUGAUCAUAUGAUUCUCUGCUGUGUAAUAUCAGUGGGUCCUAGAAAUGAUGGCUAAUGCACAAUAGUAUUUGAUAUUCAUAAUAUUGUAAUAGCAUAUUUCUUUUAGGUGUCCAGUAAAGUUCAGUUAAUUAUAUAUUGAAUAUGACUGAAUGUUAAGCUGUAAUAUUUUAUGUUAUAACAAUAUGAGGGGGUGCAUGUUAAAAGAUGUUCUCAGACCAAAUGCCGCAAAAUGCAUUUUUCAAAUUUAAAUCAGUACCAAAAGCAUUGAUAUGUAUACAUUAGUACACUACAAACACAUGAUUGUAGUGCAUUAGUAUGACUUAAAUACAAAACAUUUAAUAAAUGCAUUAUUGGACACUUAGUCUAAGAAGCCUUCAUAUUUUCUUAUUUUGCCAUUCUUGUUUCUUUUAAAUGUUGAAGUCUUUUAUAAUAUCAUUACUGAGUAUGUAAGGACAAGCUUUUAGGAGUAAACAGGGGUUAGACUGUCAGGUAGGUCAUGUAUUUUUUAUUAAAGAUCACGAAGCUAUAUAUCUCAUAGCACUGUAUUAUACAUAAAUAUCGCUGUUAAAAAUGGUAUUCAUUUGAGAAAAGAUAGUUCAGGUUUAUAAAUGACAGGUAAUUAUGGAGACUUUCAGAGUGGUACUGUUAAUACCAUAAGAUAUGCUUUAGGGAAAUAUUUUAUGUAAUAAUUUUCCUGAGGAUUCCUGGAGAAGCAAAUGUGCAAUUCAUGCUUGAAUAGGUGCUUUUAGAGGAAUUAAAUUUGCACCAUAUUUUCCUUUACUCAUAUAUACUAGUCAGUCCGAGAGAGUGAUCUUGCAUACCUUUGAAUCUCAUUUCUAGUCAACAGAUGAAACUUUGUGAUGCUGUGGCAUAUCCUUGUUCUAGAUGCCAACUUUUGUGCCUUAGGAAACAUUUCAAGUUAAUAAAGUUUCAUGUUUAAGGUGUCUGUGGGUGUAUUAGUCCCAGAAGGAUGGGAUAAUUCAGAGCUUAAUGCGCACAGAAAUAGGAUUUACUUAUUUUUUCUAUUAGAAUACGUAACUAUUGAGCUUAAUUUCAUUUUAAUUAUUUGUUUACAAUAUAGUGAAACUACUUUUUAAAUGUAACUUUUGCCGUUUCCAUCCAUACCCAACAAUGCUAGUUGCUAUACAUUGUUCUUUAAGGUUUUAAGAUCGAUUUACUCAUACUGUUAAUGGACAUGCCAAUACAAACUUUGCUACUGCAGAUUUUUACUGUAACACGAACUGAAGAGUUUCCAGGAAUAUUUCUUAGAACUAGUGGUUGUAGAAAACUACAGUAAGUCCCAUCCUGCCUGCCAUUGUGUAUGGCAGAUAGUACAGUAAUUUUGUUUCUAAAUUUGAAUAAGACCUCUUCAUUUUAUUGCAGGUUAGCAGUUCAUUUACUGUGUAUAUCCUUAAUAGUUUUAUAGGAAUCUUUUUUCUUAUUAGUUGACUUUGAUAGUAAGAUAUGCUCAAAAAAUAUACACCUUAGGAAUAUUUGAAGGGAUGAAUAAGUAAUUCAUGCCUAAACAGCUCUUGAAUGAGUAACUUGUGAAAAGGUGUUAAGAUAAUCAACAGGGUUUCCAAUUUGGAUGCAAGUAGGUUCUAGCAUUCUUCCCUCCAUUCUCAUGUCGAGUAGGUUGUAGUAAUACAUGGUUGUGUUACUGUCUUUUAUCGUCUCCUGCAAAGUAUUGCUCAGCAUUUUCCCCAUGGUCAUUGUUGCAUUACCCAUGUUUAUUUUAGAGUUAGGAGACAAAUGUGCUUUAGAGCUAUUUUAUCAAACUAAAAUUACCUUCUGCUGAUGUCAUACUUGUUACCCAUGAUGUCUAUAUGUACAAAAUCAAGUGGAAUUCCAUUUUGACUUGGAUUUGUAUUUCUGGAAAUCCAUUUUUCUUUUUCAAACAUUUUUUGGCCAUAUAUCAUGUAAUUGUUAAGAUACUUGUCUUGUGUUGUGGUAACUUUGCAAUGCUCUGGUGUAUUUGACAUAGCACCCUAAGGGUUGCAUUAAGGAUUUUAAAUAUCAUUUCAUACUUUUUUAUCUUCCUUUUGUGUAAACCAGAUAUUCAUAUAAACAUGUGAAAUGUACAUUUUUUCCCUUUGUUGUUUUUCUCUUGAUUUUUUUUUAAACACAAUCUUAAAUUGUGUGGUUUUUUUUAUAUCCAAGUGGAAUCAAUAAAAAUCCAUUGAUAACAUGGCAUUUUAUUAGCAAAAUUGUUUUACAGCAGAGUGAAGGAAUAUGAUUAUUUUAUUAUCAACAAACAAUAAAAGCUGCUGCAGUAACCAUAGACAGUAGUGCAUCUUGGGUCUUGUCUCACAGCCACAACAAAAUCUAAAAUACUAGAAUGAAAUCCAUAGAAUCAUGAACUUGUUGAUGGUUGUGUUAAGCUUUGUUCAAUACCUUUUGAAUUGCCUUGCCAGUCACGGCUGUGAAAUAAGCCUGGCCUUGGAAUGAAAUUCUUUAGGUAAUUACACAAGAAUGGAACAUAUGCCCCUAGAGGCUCUUUGUAAGAGAUAUUUACAAUGGACAAAAGAGAAAAUGUUUAGAUUUGUAUAAACUAACAAUACCACAGUAGUAUACAUUUUUUUUUUUAUUUAAAGUAUGUCAUACUACUAUUCCAGAUUAUAUUCAGAUUGGAUAAAAUAACUGGAUACAUUCCUGAACAUUUUCUCUUAAGGAAUUUGAUAUUACACUUAGAAUUAGUGAGACUGUAACAUGAUACUGACUGCAGCAAAACAAAUAACUAUACAUAAUGUAUUACUAACUUCAUACGGACCCCUUCUACCUGGUAUACCCAACUAUUACAAUCUUAAAUUAUGAAUGAAAUUACAGUGUUUAACUUGAUCUAUGUAACACACCCAAAGAACAACUAAAAAAAAAAAAAAAAAAAAAAAAAAAAAAAAAAAAAAAAAAAAAGGAAGAAUAAAAAGUAAAUAAAUAAAACUAAUAAUAAUAAAACAAAAAUAAAUAAAUGUUUGUAACUAGAGUAACUACCCUUUUUCAGCUACACCGGAGACAUACCCUCAAAGCAGUAUACAAAGACAGGAAGACAAAAGUCACACUGUAGGGUAAGCCUGUAAGGAUGUUCUGAUGGAAUCAAUUGCAACUGAAGACUAGACAAUUAUGGAACAAUAUUUAUUUCUAAAAAAUAUGAAAAUCCUCUUCCAAUAAAAAAUGGACCCUUAAAAUGUAUUGCAUCAUAAAAAUGGCCUCCUUAGACCCAGCCACACCCUGCCCUCCCUAAAGUGACUAUAAUCCCCAUUAAUAAACCAGCAAUGAUUUCUUUCACGUGAAAUGCACUGCAUGUCAACUACAAGUCACUUUACAUACGUAAUCUUUGGUACAUUUAGCACUUUCUUUCAGUGCUUAAGGAUAGUUAGAGAAGAAUUAACUUCUUACAGUAGGGACAUUACACAUUAUUCAUUUGUUCUAGGCAGGGCACAAGACUGAAACGAUUGCAUGACUGUGAUACAUAUAUCAGUAUGUAUAUAGACCCAACUAAUCACCAAUGUAACUUUCCAAUUUUCUUUUCCAAUGGUUUACAGCAAAAAAAUAUAUCUGGCACAAAGGUGGGGAUCUGACUCUUUCAGGCUAUGACUGCAUGAUAUGUGUUGGAACACUAUAAGCCACAACAAAAAUUUUUGACAUUUGAUAUUUAUUGGGUUAAUUUUUUUUUUUUUUG